GCCGUAUUAGCUCAGCAGUCUAACUAACGGACGCAUCCCAUCCCAUCUCCAGUUACCCAGAGUCGGGUAACUGCGACCUGGUCCUUCGCGCACGUCUGACGAAUAAUCAGCCACGACAUACCACCAAUCGCGCCGGCACCGUGUGCCCCUGCGACGGACUUCGGGUCGACAACGCUGUUCAUUGCUGCGUCGUAUUGUACAUCUGCCCUCGGCGGCUUUGUGUGCUUGCGACGAGGGCGACACGACCGGUUGUCAGCCGACCAUUCGAGGAGCUUGUCCAGAAGCUCCAUACACGACGCCACGUCGCUUGACCCAUCGCUCUACCAGGCCCUUGAUGCAUUUCCAGCUCGCGAGCGGCAGAAACUGAACCAGAUUUGCACUCUUUCCCGAGCGAAAAUGGCACAGAUAUUCCUUGACCUCUUCUACUCCUUUGGGAACUGCCUCAAUUGCUUCCCUGGGUCCCCGACCCUCAAGAUCAACAGCCGCAGCUUCAAGAUCCUGCGUCUGCUCGGCGAAGGCGGCUUCUCAUACGUCUAUCUCGUCGAAGACACCUCGACCCAUGAGCUUUUUGCGCUCAAGAAGAUUCGAUGUCCCUUUGGCGCAGAGUCAGUGCAGCAGGCCAUGCGCGAGGUGGAAGCCUACCGCCUAUUCGAUCACAUACCAACUAUAAUAUCAGCAGUCGACCAUGCCGUCGCCACUGAGCGCGGCGCAGACGAAGCCACCAAGACCGUCUACGUCCUGCUGCCGUACUACCGCCGGGGCAACCUGCAGGAUAUGAUCAACGCCAACAUGGUCAACCGAACCGCCUUCCCGGAGCGCCAUCUCAUGAUGCUAUUCCUCGGCGUCUGUAAAGCGCUGCGGGCCAUGCACGAGUAUCGGCCAGGGCCCGUUGAGAGGAUGGAGAUGGGCAACGAGGAGGACCAUCCCGCCGACGGACCCAGCGGCGGCGACCGGAGGGGCGGCGGCGGGGCUGGUGGCAGCAAGAUGGGCACGCGCGGAAAACGCACAGAAGAGGAGGAAGAGACAGAGCAGGAGCGCCCUCUGAUGGAAAAUGAGAACCAGAUCAGCUCAUCGGGUCCCGGCGGCAAGGUCCUGUCCUACGCGCAUCGGGACAUCAAGCCCGGCAACAUCAUGAUUGACGACUCUGGAUCCACACCCAUCCUGAUGGACCUCGGAUCCGUCGCCCCGUCACCCGUCCCGGUGACGUCGCAGUCCCUGGCCCUGCAAAUCCAGGACACGGCCGCCGAACACUCCACCAUGCCGUAUCGCGCACCAGAGCUCUUCGACGUGCGAACUGGAACCGUCAUUGACACCAAGACGGACAUAUGGUCCCUCGGAUGCACCCUCUACGCCUGUCUGGUCGGCAAGUCUCCCUUCGAAAUGCGCUCUGACGAGACGGGGGGCACCCUCAGCCUCUGCGUCCUCGGCGGUGAUUGGCGCUUUCCAGACGAGUCGCCCGGCGGCGCCAAACGUGUCAACAGUAUCAGUCAGGCCAAAGCGAGGGCGGCCGUUGCAGCUGCAGCAUCAGACGGUCCCCCAGACGGCCCCUCGGGAGGCGGUGGGAGCGGCAGCGUGUCCAUCAGCGAACCGAUUCGCGAAAUUGUGCGGCGCUGCCUCAAGGUCGAGCCUGCGGAACGCCCCGAUAUCAACGAGCUCAUCACCAUGGUCGAACAUGCCAUUGACGAGCUACCUGAUGGUGGUAGUUACGGGUCACCAUAAGUGACGAGCGACUGUUGGGUCUUCCCUACUGUGCCGCGGAUCCGUCCUGUGUAUAGGCGCGAAUCUUUCAUGUUGUAACCUAUUUCCUAUUUCUAGCCGCUCUACUGGACUGUCUGGGCGCUGGUAUUGUAUCUGAGGCAACGGCGUUCACAGGGUGCGCUUUCCUUUGCAGCUUUCGAGCUGAGGAAGGGCGAUGCGAGGUCUUCAGGAGGCCCUAAUGGUACUCUCUGCGACUAUUGAACCCUUCCGUACUAAAGCAUGAGAAGAGCGCGAAGCGAAAUGAUUGUAGGCAUACAAAAUUUCAUGGAUUGGCUUCUGCAAAACCCGCGCCGCACUAAAAGGCUCGGGGUGAACUGAUUCUCGGGAAUCAACAACAUGCUUGCGAAACACAGGCGUCACCGUUAUCCUAAAGCUGAAUCUUGUAC